UGUCUGCCAACAGGCGGGGCAAAACCGGAUACACACUCUUGGUUUAUAUGUCGUUUACCCACUAAGCAGUGAUGCUUUUGGUUUAUAUGGUACUGACACUCAAAGCAGUGGCUUUCAUACAAACAAACCGCUUACAUCGAUUUUCAUGUUGUUCCUGGAUUCUCAACUCUAGGCAAGUACAUGUUUUGAUUGUGCAGGUUAUUAUGUUAGAAAAUACAAUUACAAAAAUGACUAAAAUAAUAAAGAGAAAUAUAUUUUUAUAUACAUUUGGAUAGAUGUAACUUAUUGACCUUUACUGGGAAUAAUAAAUAUAUUAUUUGACUAUUAAAAUGGCAGUGUGUGGUAUAUUGAUUCCAGCCUGCUUUAGAAUUUAUGCGUUUUUUUUUUAAACUAACCAAUGAAAAGCUGCGUGCAAUAAAUGCAAUGUGAUGAUUAAGUGUUAUAAACUCAGUUUUAGUCGCUACUCUCAAAAGGAAAUGACAGAGUUGAUUUUAUUCUGUUAUUUUACUCUUUAUAUAUAUAUAUAUAUAUAUAUAUAUAUAUAUUUUUGUUUUUAUUUUUAUAUUUUCUGUUUUUAUUUUACAUUUAAAUAAGUUUUAGUACUUUUGUUUUUGGGUUGUCUAUAUAGUUUUUAUUUAUUUAGUCCAUCAAAUAUGAAACAAAAAGCAUUUACUUGUCCACUACCUAAAAUAAGUAUACAUGCUUCAGUUAAUGUUGAUUUUAUUUCAAUUUUAGUUAUCUACAAUAACCCUGCUGUGACCACCUCACCACUUUGUCUUUACAAUAUUUGUGCCAUGCGAUUAAUGAAAAAACUUAACCGUGCCCUCUGUUGUCUGUUUGGCUUGGUACUGCUCUACAAUUUCUUAUCCUGGAGUAAAACCAUGCUACUCUUGAGUCAGAUUGAGACCAGUGCACCUAAAAGCUCAGAGAACAACAUCACCAUCCUCCUGUGGCACUGGCCUUUCAGAGUUCACUACAGACUGGAGAGAGGUGUCUGUAUGGAUAAAUAUGAAAUUCCCAGAUGCUUUCUGGAGGAUAACCGAUCUCUUUUCGCUCAGGCAGAUGUUGUAGUCUUCCAUCACUAUGAGCUCUGGACUGGCUACUCCAAACUGCCUCUCCACCUUACGCGUCCACCAAUGCAAAAGUGGCUUUGGUUAUCGCUGGAACCUCCUAUGAACAACCACAAUCUCAGCAACUACAACAGUUUUUUCAACUGGACAAUGAGUUAUCGUCGUGACGCUGACAUCUUCAUGCCAUACGGAGAGCUUGUUCCUAAAAGGACUAAUGCCACAUAUGCUAUUCCGAAGAAGAGCGAAUGCCUAGUUUGCUGGGUGGUCAGCAAAUACACAGCCAAUCAGAGUCGCUCUCUAGUUUUCAAUCAGCUGAAGAAACACAUUCCAUCAAAACUAAUAGAAGUAUACGGUCGGUGGUCCAAGCGGCUGCUCUCAAACAAAAAGCUGCUUUCCACAAUAUCUCGAUGUUAUUUCUACCUUGCCUUUGAAAACUCUGUAUCCACAGACUAUAUCACAGAGAAGCUUUGGAGAAACUCGCUUCAGGCGGGGAGUGUGCCAGUGGUGCUCGGCCCACCCAGGAACAUUUAUGAACUAUCAAUUCCACCAGAGUCAUUCAUCCAUGUAAAUGACUUCAGCAGCAUUAAGGCCCUAGCUAAUUUCUUAAGUCAAGUGGCUGCUGAUAGAAAGCAUUAUGAAUCUUAUUUUAGAUGGCACAAUUACUAUGAUGUUAGAAUGUACACAGACUGGAGAGAGAGACUAUGUAAUAUUUGCAUGCGUUAUGACCAGCUCUCUAAGCAUAAAAAAGUGUACAAUGAUCUGUACAGCUGGGUCAACAGGUAACUUACCUUUUCAAGGAAGUUGUUUUAUUUGAAAGUGUGGAUUUUCAAAUUAUAUGUUCACCUUAUCUGUUCUUUGCAAGAACUGUCAAAUGUAUUUGAAACCCGUCCAGGGACAUCAAUAAGUGCUAGUAAAUCAUAACUGAUAUUUCA